AUGUCCGCCAAGCUCAUUGUCCUGUGCGCCGCCCUGUCGGCUGUAAAUGCCGGGUUCAUCGGGGAGCAGCCCGCCAUCUCUUACGCAGCCCCAGCGCUCAGCUACGCCGCGCCUGCGCUCAGCUAUGCCGCACCUGCGAUCACUUCCCAAUCUUCCAAUAUCUUGAGGAGCCCUGGUAAUUUGGCCCAAAUAUCGUCGUUCUCGAAGACGAUCGACACGCCAUUCUCCAGCGUCAGCAAAUCUGACGUCCGUGUGAGCAAUCCUGCCGUCUACCAGUCCUAUGGGUACGCUGCACCAGCAGUCAGCUACGCUGCACCUGCCGUCAGCUACGCUACACCUUCCUACAGCUACGGCGCACCUUCCUACAGCUAUGGCGCACCUUCCUACAGCUAUGGCGCACCUUCUUACAGCUACGGUGCACCUGCGCUCAAGGUUGCCGCUCCCGCUGCAGUUAGUUAUGCAGCUCCCGCUCCCCUGUACGCUAAGGCUUACGCUGCACCUGCAGCCGUGCAGUACGCCUCUGCUGCUCCCAUCCUGAAGAGCUACGCCGCACCUGCCCCCCUGCACUAUGCAGCAUCUGCCCCCCUGCACUAUGCAGCAUCUGCUCCCCUGCACUAUGCCGCAUCUACACCCCUGCAGUACGCUGCAUCCACACCAAUUUACGCUAAGGCGUCAUUGCCGCUCAUCUCGUCGUACGCGCAUUAA